AUGCACCCCGCUAGUUGCAGACAUAAGGAGGUGAGCCAGCGGGCCGCUGGAGACGCAGAGCCGAUCCCUGCGGAGGCGCGGGCUCCAGGCCCUGCAGCGGAGGGGUCCCCGCGCCUUCCCUGGAGCCGUCGCGCGACUGGGCAGCCAGCUGGCGGAAGGGGCAGGGACUCAGGAUGCCGGCGACGCGAGCGAGGGGCGGACGGGGCGCCCGGGGCGCGGCGAGGCUGCGAGAGGCGGGCCUGGGCACUGCGCCUCCCGCGCUCCCAGCCGCAGCUCUGGGCGCUGGGGGCGGAAGGGGGUGGAGCCACUUGGGGAGGAGCAAAACCCGGAGGUCCCGGGCACCUUGGGCAGAGCCAGAGCGGCGGGAGCCCGAUCCCGGGCGCGCUGCCCCGGGAGCGCCCGUCGUCCGGGCCAAGCGCAGCCGCAGCCUCAGCCGCUGCCGCUCUCCAGCCAGCGCCGGCGCCUGCCUUGGGCGCGCAGCCGGGGAGAAGGGCGGGUGCCGCCGCCGGCGGGGUCACGGGCUCCCCUCCUGUCCCCGAGCUGCUGGGCAGCCCGCGCCGUCCUGCCGCCCCAGCAGGGCCCGGCCGGACCCCACCUGCGCCCGGGUUGCGCCAUGGAUCCCUCGGAGAAGAAGAUAUCGUGGACCGCGAGAUCGACCGCUACGAGGCCAAGGUGCACCUGGACCGCAUGAGGCGGCACGGGGUCAACUACGUGCAGGACACUUACCUGGUGGGGGCGGACCUCGAGCCGGACAAGCCCAGCCCGGGAGAAGAGCCGGAGGCGGCGGCGGCGGCGGCGGCGGCGGCGGCGCCGCCCCUGGACGACGAGGUGCAGGCGGCGGCGAUGGCGGAGCUGGCCCGGCGCUGCGAGGACCUGCUGCGGCUGCAGGAGCAGCGGGUGCAGCAGGAGGAGCUGCUCGAGCGCCUCUCAGCCGAGAUUCAGGAGGAGCUGAACCAGAGGUGGAUGCAGCGGCGCCAGGAGGAGCUGGCGGCGCGGGAGGAGGCCCCGGAGCCCGACGGCAGCCCCGACGGCGAGCUGCUGCUGGAGCAGGAGCGGGUCAGGACGCAGCUCAGCACCAGCCUGUAUAUCGGGCUCCGGCUCAACACGGACCUGGAGGCCGUCAAGUCCGACUUGGAUUACAGCCAGCAGCAGCGGGACAGCAAGGAGCGCGAGCUGCAGGGCCUCCUCCAGACUUUGCACACGUUGGAGCUGACAGGGGCGCCAGAUGGGGCUCCCGGCCCCGGCGGACCCUCGAGGGAACCCGGACCUCAGGCCUGCGCCGAGGUGUGGGUGGACCAGGCCCGCGGACUGGCCAAGAGCUGCCCCGGCAACGACGAGGACUCGGACACGGGGCUGAGCUCUAUGCACAGCCAGGACUCGGACUCGGUGCCCGUGUGCGAAUCCCUAGUGUAGGAGGAGCAGGGGGGAG